CUGACGCCGAAAUAAACAAUCGCAGCCCAUUCCCACGCGGCAUCGACUGGCACACCGCUUGGACGUGUCGCCUCCAGCUUCCGGCACCUGCCGCCCCUACGUGUUCAGUUCUUCACACCUUACAAAGCUCGCAGCACGCGCAGCGGCAAAUAAAAGUCCAACACCAAACCACGCAGCUAGCAGUCAGUAACAAUGGCGAAGAGCGGCACGGAGGAGUGGCGCCGGAACGCGGACACGCACAAGAUGAGCGCGGAGGAGGUGCGCGCGGCGGGCGUGGAGGCGUCCAUGCGCCCGCCCGGCCGGGGCCCCGGGGAGGUGCUGCACCAGCGCGGCCGGCUGCCGUACGGUCCCGGAACCAUGGCGCUCGUCGGAUUCGGCAUCGUAGGCGCCAUCGGCUUCUUGGUGCUGUACCAGAAGGCCAGGCCCGGCACGCCGGCCACCGAGGUGGCCAAGGUGGCCGUCGGGCACGGGGACCCCGCCGCCGGGCGUGAGCCCCCCGACGGCGCGCGUCAAGGGAAGUAAGCGCAGGUCCGUGGUACGUAGCUGUAGAGGUAGCCUGCGGUUCCGUGUUGAGCUCAGCUUUUGUCGAGGACCUAGCGUUUGCGUUGUAAAAGACUCAAGUAGAUCCAACAGAAUAAGAUUUCGUCUCAGAAGAAGAAAGGCUUUUGAUUCCAGUUGAGGAACUGACGCUGUACAAACAAAUAAAGUUGUAGAGUUUAUCCUGCCAGAUGAGAAAAAAGGAGAUGAACAGGUCAGCUAGCGUUUGGUACGGUGGAUCGAUCAACGGCAGAGGCGCACGCUGCAGCGCAUUACAACCCGGAGCUCUCACUUAUAUUUUGCUUGUUUAAACAACUUCAUGCAGGAAUGCAGCUGCUCAUUUGCAGGGGUUGGUGUUUUUAUAGCCUGCUUGUGCUUGAUGAGGUCUUACUGUAUCAGCGAUGGUGGUUGUUUCGUUGUUUUCUGCUAAAUGUAAACCCGGUAUCUCUGUGUGAUUCCUGUUGCAGAGGAAGAGGAAGUGCAGAUUCAAUGUUCAUCUGGUGUUUGUAUGCCUUGCUGUUUUAACUUAUUUUGUUUGUAGCAGUAUAGUGCGAUGAGUAUUGUCGUGCAGUGCGUCAAAUUCCCGUUCAUCUGGAAGCUUAGGAAAAUGGUAGCAGCAACUAGCACAAGAGAUGGAACAUGAUCUCAUAUGUUCUAUAUCCAAGGUGGAUUUUUUGUUUAUAAAAAAAGG